AUGUUUCGCGUAAAAACUUUUUCACUAGAUAUUUUCCUAAGUGCUCCCGACGAAUUGCUCCUCUUGAUUUCUGUGGCAAUGUUGUAUGCAGAAGACUUGUCAACAGCAUUGAUAUGUCUCAACAACGUGCGUUAUCGCUCAUGUAUUCCCCUGCAGAACCUGAAGACUGACCCUGUAUUUGAAGCAUUGGAUAAGAUAUUCCGCCGCUACAACAAGGCAGGCUUUCAAGUCAAGAUCAUCAAGUGUGAUUGGGCGUUCAUUCCUCUCACGGAUGAUAUGCUAGACGACAUGGGUGUUACUAUUGACCCAACUGCAGCUGGAGACCACAAACCUACCGCUGAGCGAAACAAUUGGAUGCUGAAAGAAAGAGCCAGAGUAGCUCUUGCACGAUUACCCUACAAAGUGAAAGACAGUAUCUCAUCACAUUUCAGUCCGCAGCAAGUCAUUGAUAAUGUCAAUAUCAACUACAAGAGUGACAUGCUUGCUGAACCUGGACAAUAUGUUCAUGCAAUUGGGACGGAUUCCAACAAUUCGAUGGAACCCAGAAGUAUUGAAGCAAUUUACAUUGAACCUAUGAAGGGACAACGUACUGGGCACCGCCUUGUUGAAGCUUGGGCUGUUGCCAAAGGUGUUACUUCCAUGAAGUUCUUUGAUAAGAAGAGAGAUUUGGAGACAUUUCAAGAUGGCAAUCAAAACGCAGGAGUGGAUGACACAGAACAAGGUUACUUAGAAGAAGCCUUUGAUCAGGACUAUGAACCUGAAGAUGAAGAUGAACGUGAUUUCAACCUACAUGGACAAUUCGAUGAUAUCAAUGGCUCCAAAAGAGAAGAGCUCUUGGCAGAUGCAGACAAUGAUGUUGAUGAUAUGCCAGAACUCACUGUCAGAUUCCAAGGAGAUGAUGACUAUGAAUCAGACAACAAUUCGGGUGAUGAAGGCGAUGAAGAGGAAGAACUUAAUGUGGCUGAUUGGGAUCACCAUCAAGAGAAUGUCGAUAGAGGAACCGAUGAAAUUGGGAGCCUUGUUACUGAUCUGGAGGACCUACAAGAGCCACCAAAAGAAGAGAUUGUAUUUGAGCCUGAAGAGCCUCAAGUAGCAAAAAUCACUCAAUCUGGGCAAACGUAUGCGCAAGCUGCAAUGUCUGGGCUGAACCUUUCUCAAGUUCCAAAGAAACCAAGAGAAUGGCCUUCAAGCAGGAGUGGCAGUUCUGCCAAUAAGAACAAGAAUCAAGUUGCAACAAGACGCAAGCAUCAAGAGAAGAGUUGGGCACUUGAAACCGUUGAAGAACAAGUUAAAAUCUGGUAUUUGUACAAAAGAAGGAAGUCGCAGUACAAAAGACAGUAA